UGAAAGCACUCCGUAGGAUCACAUUUGUCAGAUCUCAGAAACUCUCUGCUGGUCUUCUUAGAUUUUUAAUCGGCAAAGCAGCAACACCUUCUGGAUGAUCACAUUUUGACAGAUCCAACGAUACGUUGAGAAGAUGAGGAUUUGUUUUCUCUUCUGUAUUUUCUGCCUGAUGUUUCCCAUGAGCCAAAGUGAGGAGUGGGGUCCCCCUGGUGAUAAAAGUGACAGAGGACCACCUGGACCACCAGGACCACCAGGAGCACCAGGACCACCAGGACCACCAGGAGCACCAGGAGCACAAAGACCACCUGGAUAUGCUAUCCCAGGGGCCCCUGGUCCACUUGGUCCACCUGGACCACCUGGACCACCUGGACGACCUGGAAUAAAUGGACCAAGAGGACUACCUGGAUUCCCUGGACCACCUGGACCUGUCAUCGUGUGUGGACGAGAGCUCUUUAAUUCUUUCAGACAGGAUGUUGAAAGACUGAUGAAGAUCACCGCUAAGCUGGACCUUGCUUUAACCUUUGACUUUGUGAGGAAGGCGGGUCAGAAAUACUUUGUGUCCAACAAGGAGAGAGGAUCUUUCCAGAAGGCUGCAGAUUUCUGCCAGCAACGAGGCUUGGAGCUGGCUCUGCCCCAGAGUGAGGAGGAGAACCACAUGCUGCUUCAGCUGAUGGGUCAAGAUGAGAAAAGAGCCUGGAUCAACAUCAACAUGAGAAAAGCAGACGGAAACUUCCAGUCCGACAUGAAAAAUCGACCUCUGACCUUUACCAAAUGGGGAAAAAGACAGCCGGAUCAAAGCAUUAAGGACAGCGGCUGCAGCAUGGCAACUGAGGACGGCACCUGGAGAGUGACACCAGACUGUUCUCUGGACGCUGACAUCAUCUGUCAGCUGUAGAAAGAUCAUCCACCAGGCAGGAAGCACCACCCGAAAGAAAUCACUUACUUCAAAAUGAUUUAUUGUUUGCUUUCUUUUUACUUUGUUGGAUCUUUUUUUAUUAUUUUCAACCAUUUCCUUACAUAGCCUGCAUGUUCUUGAGCAGCCAACAGUCCACCAAGCUGACCUGCAUUGUAUAUUAACUCAGACUAUAUAUGCUCAAGUGCAUGGCAUUGCUAAUACCUAACACUUGAGCAAAUAAACUAAUAAACGAGCCAGAUUGACAAAAGGGUGGCAUGUGUGUUUGUCGCUAGGAGGAGACCGAGGGGAGGCUGCAAGUACCCCAGAGAAAACCAAAACUCUGAAACCUUCAUACUGUGAGCUGAGAGCACUGCUAAUCCUGACUGAAUAUAUGAUCACUAGAUACAAUAUACGUUAGUCUUUUUUCUGUGUAGCCCUUCUUAAUGUUUUGACUAUUGUUGGUCUAAGAAUAAGAUUUUGACAAAGGUUAAACAGGAUUUUGAUAAUAAAAAUACAAUGAAAAUAAGGCAGGGAAUCAGAAUAAGUUAAGAAAUUCGCAAAAGUUAGCUGAAUGUUUAAUACAAUACUUAAUCUGCUGCCAGUUAAGCCAGAGUUUUGUCAACCAGUUCUUGCCACACAGUGAUGCACCAUGUUGGUGCACCAACCAACAGGGGCAGCUUGUUCUUCACAGGCCACUUUUCUACAAGCUGUCCCCAAAACACAAACACGUCCUCCACUGUAAGCUUGGAGCUUCACUUCAGCCGGCUGCAAAGGCAGGUGUGAGAACAUUUUCCAACUGUGUAGGAGGUGCAGUGAAACUUUUUGCUGAUCCCAUGUCAAUUUCCAUUGACAAUAUUGAUUGCUAUUGGCAAUCAACAUUAUCAAUAGCAAUCAACAUUGUUGAUAGCAAAUGUUGCUUUAUAUCGUUCAUCAUCCUCAGCACUAACAGUCAAAAUGGAUAACUCCUCUUCUGGGUCUCCUCAAACUUUGUCUCUCUACUGCUCCUGUUUGUCACACUCUUCAUGACUCCUUUGCACUUUGGCCCGACAUGCUUUUCUAAUGUGUCCAAUUUUUCCACAGUUAUGGCAUUUAGUCUCUUUGAAAUGACAUUCAUUUGCAUUGUGACUUUUUUCCUUUGCAUCUGUGGCCAUUUUUUUUUUCUUGUGAAUGUUUUCCUCACUAGUCCAUUCACCCUCAGCUGUCGAGUGUCUCUGUCUGCAGUCUCCUUAUUGAGAGCAAUCUCAAAAGCUUUGGCGGAGGUCAGCCCGUCCUCCGAAAGUAACCUCCUCCGAAAGUAACCUCCUCCUAAAGUAACCUCCUCCGGCACGCUUCGUUUUUAAUUCCAUUUACCAACCGAUCCCUCAGUGCAGAAUCCAGAUACCCACCACAAUCACAGUUAGCUUUCUGUUGUUUUAGCUCUGUGACUUACUGGGCAACAGUCUUACUUGUUGUUUUUUUUGGUUGCAUCUAAUAAAACAGAAACGUUCAGCAACUAAUAAGGGCUUGAGCUCAUGGUGUUUUUUUUCAAUAUGGCCACAGUCUCAUCAAAUGUCUUGUCUCCCGGCUUUUCAGGUUGUACUAAGUUUCGAAAAAGUCCGUAUGCUUUAGCACCCAUCACACUUAGCAACACCAACGUCGUUCGCUUCCAGGCUCUGACUUGACCACGGCUCAACCUCUGGUCUGAAAUUAACUAUUUUGCCAACCUGGGCCAUU